AUGUCAGGAUUAAGUAGUGAGCAGCUCCACAAGUCUACGCUGGCCGUGUAUAUGAACUUAAUGGAGCACUUCAAUCCGGGCCUGCAAAAGCUUGUGGAUCUAGGCACCAGUUACGUCCAAGCAUUCCAAGCCCUGGCAACCUGCAGCGAGUCUUACUUCACUGCCCUGGCAAAGAUGGGGGACCAGGCUCUGCACUCCCUCUCAUCACACACCCUAGGGGAAGUGAUGCUCCAGAUUUCAGAGACUCAGAGAAGGCUGACCACAGAGAUGGAGGGAGUAUUCCGGUGGUUCCAGAAUGAGGUCCUACAGGCCAUGCAAAAAAAUGUAAAGCUGGAUGAAGAGUAUAUUGCUGGCAGUCGCAGAGUCUAUGAGGUGGAGGUGAGGAACCAGGCAAAGGCCCUGGAGAAGGAGCUAAGACGAGGAGGAUACAGAGACUCUCUGGAGAAGAGUGAGUACAUGCAGUUCCUGAGGCAGAGCCAGCAGGAGAUCCUAAAGGAGGAGGAACGGAGGUAUCGGUUUGUGGCUGAGAAGCACUGUGUCCUCACUCAGUCCCUACUCUUCUUAAUGAUGAAGACAGGAUCCUCUCUCCAUCAGAAAGCAGAUGGAUGGAAGCAGAAGGUGAACGACUCCAAGAAUUCUCGGCCCAGGACUCCCAAUGUUGUGGAGCAGGAGGCGCAGCUCCAGUCGUCGGUGAGCUCUCUUCUUCAGGCUGUAGCCAGAGAUGAGGACAUGUCGUGGGCCAAGCGGGAGCAGCAGGCACUGGGUAGAGUGCCCUCUAGAGCACCCUCUCCUGUCCCGAGCCGUGUGCGCUCCAGCUCAGUAGGCGAGUCUCUGGGUCUGGGCACUGGCAAAGUCAUGAGAGCUGUGGUGUCACAUCCCUCCUCCUCUAACCCCAAACUGCUGCCCUUCUGUAAGGGAGAACUCAUCACUGUGCUGGUGGAGGAGCCUCGCAAUGGGUGGCUCUAUGGGCGCAUCGACAGCAGCCUGUGUCAGGGCUGGUUUCCUGCAGCAUACGUGGCCGCCGAGGACCUUUCCAACGCUUUCAGCAGCGGCACCUCUGUCAGAAGCCACAGUAUGAAUAAUCUGCUGGAUCCUUCUGAUGCUUUGACGGAGGACAUCAGGAGCAGAGGCCCCGAUGAGUUCCUCCAGGCACCCUCUCCCGAGAUCCAACUGCUGCCUGCACUGGAACGGAAGAGUGAAACAUCAGCAGAGCCGAAGUCCUCUCCCAACAAGAUCUCCUGUGAAACUGUGGUACCUGCUCCAUCUCCUGUCCACAGCCUCAGGCCCACAUCCCCUCAGCCCAUCAAGAAGAGCGAGGCCAGCGCGGAGCCUCAGACAUUGUCACCUCACGGACCUGAAAACCCGCUGUUUCCCAGAGGUACCAAUCCAUUUGCAACUGUGAAGCUGAAACCAACAACCACUAACGACAGGUCUGCUCCUCGAAUCCACUGA